GGGAAAGAUAGAGAAAGGGGAAGUAGGAAAUGAGUAGUAAUAGACAUCUACAGGGAAGAGAUUAGAGAAAGAAGGCAAUAUUUUUCUCUCUUUUCAUUUUCCCUCUCCAAAGACAACACAAACCCACUGAAGCAAUCAUCAUGAAACACCCUCUGCACCCAGCAGCACUCCCAAAAAGUGUUUCUCUCCAUCGAAAUCUCCCCUCUCUUAAAUCCACUUCUGUAAACUCCAUUCAAUUCUCAAAUUCACACCCAAAAAACCAUGAAACCCAGUUCUCCUUUCUCAGUUUCCUUCUUCUUCUUCUUCAUCUUCUUAUUGAAAGCUACUUUGGUCCUCUCUGCAACUCUCCCUCUUCAACUAGUCUCUCUUCUCUCCCUUAAAGCUUCUUUGAAAGACCCUCUCUCCAGUCUCCAUGACUGGAAUCCAAACACCCUCUCUACGAAUACUGGUUUAUCUAACCCUGUCUGGUGUUCCUGGUCUGGCGUUGUAUGUGACCAGAAAACCUCACAAGUUACUUCUCUUGAUCUCUCUCAUAGAAACCUCUCCGGAUUGAUCCCACCCGAAAUCCGAUUUUUGUCUGAGUUGAACAACUUAAACCUCAGCUGGAAUGCCUUUGAUGGAGCUUUCCCGACCACCAUUUUUGAAUUAUAUAAGCUCAGGACUCUUGACAUCAGCCGCAACAACUUUAGUUCCAUUUUCCCUCCAGGGAUCUCCAAGCUCAGGUUUUUAACUGUUUUUAACGCUUUCAGCAACAGUUUUACGGGUUCGUUGCCACAAGAAAUUAUUGGGCUUCGGUUUCUCGAAGAGCUCAACCUCGGUGGGAGCUUCUUCCAAGGAAGUAUUCCAGCAGUUUAUGGUGGUUUGCCGAGUUUAAAGUUUCUACAUUUAGCUGGAAAUCUGCUACAGGGACCGAUUCCAACUGAGUUGAGCUUCUUGUCUCGGCUCGAACACUUGGAGAUCGGUUACAACGAGUUCUCUGCUGGGAUUCCGGUGGAGUUAUCUCUGUUAUCGAAUCUCAAAUACGUCGACAUUGCGAAUGCGAGUCUAUCUGGUUAUCUACCAUCCGAGCUCGGGAAUUUAACACUUCUCGAGUCUCUGUUUCUCUUCAAGAACAGGUUUAUUGGUGAAAUUCCGGUGAGUUUUUCCAGUUUGGUAGCUCUGAAAGCUCUUGAUUUAUCAGAUAAUCGUCUAUCAGGCCCGAUUCCAGAAGGGUUUUCUUCAUUGAAGGAGCUGACCAUCUUGAGCUUAAUGGACAAUAAGUUGACUGGUGAAAUCCCCGACGGAAUCGGCGAGUUUAUCAACCUUGAAGAAUUAAAUCUUUGGAACAAUUCUCUCAGUGGGAAUCUCCCAGAUAAGCUAGGCUCAAAUGCAAAGUUAAAGAAGCUCGACGUGUCUUCGAACUCGCUCAGCGGUCCGAUUCCACCGAGUCUCUGCCUCGGGAACAGACUAGCGAAGCUCAUACUCUUCUCCAACAGGUUCGAUUCCGAAAUCCCUCCAAUACUCGCAAAUUGCACUUCUUUAUGGAGGCUUCGCAUCCAAGAUAACAGACUCACAGGCGCGAUUCCUCCCGGUUUUGGUCUAUUACCGAACCUGACUUUCAUGGACUUCAGCAUGAACAAUCUCAGCGGUGAUAUCCCAAGAGAUCUCGGCGAUUCUGUGAGGUUGGAGCUUGUCAACAUUUCUCGAAACCCAUUAGGAACCGCGUUGCCUUCUAACAUAUGGAGCGCACCUAACUUACAGAUCUUCUCUGCGAGUUCCUGCAAACUUAAAGGGAAAAUUCCCGAUUUCAUCGGUUGCAGAAGCUUGUAUAAGCUUCAAAUGGAGGGUAAUUCACUAAAUGGAAGUAUUCCAUGGGACAUCGGGCAUUGUGAGAAGCUAAUCUACUUGAGUCUUCAACACAACUCUCUCACUGGAAUCAUUCCCUGGGAGCUCUCAACGCUGCCUUCGAUAACAGACGUAGAUAUCUCUCACAACUUCCUCACUGGUACGAUUCCGUCCAACUUCGGCAACUGCACUACUUUGGAGAGCUUCAACGUCUCGAACAACCAGCUUACCGGGCCGAUCCCCUCUUCUGGUACACUCUUUCACCCAUCGUCGUUCUCUGGCAACGAAGGCCUCUGCGGCGGUAUCAUCGAGAAGCCUUGCGCGUCUGAGAUCAACACCGACGAUUCAAACUCCCGGCGGCAACCGAAGAAGACAGCCGGAGCGAUUGUGUGGAUCGUGGCUACAGCGUUUGGGGUAGGACUCUUCAUCCUGAUCGCAGGUAGUCGAUGCUUCCGCAUGAAUUAUAACCGUCGAUCUGUUGAUGAACAACGGACUGGGCCAUGGAAGUUGACCGCGUUCCAAAGGUUGGAUUUUACGGCGGAUGAUGUAAUGGAAUGCUUAUCGAUGAGUGAUAAGAUUAUCGGGAUGGGGUCAGCUGGAACGGUGUACAUGGCGGAAAUGCCAGGUGGCGAGAUCAUAGCGGUUAAGAAGUUAUGGAGUAAGAACAAAGAGACGGUGCGGAAGCGACGUGGGGUGUUGGCAGAGGUUGAUGUGUUAGGGAAUGUGAGACACCGUAAUAUAGUGAGAUUGUUAGGGUACUGCAGCAACAACGAGAGCACGCUGCUGUUGUAUGAGUACAUGCCUAAUGGGAGUUUGGAUGACUUGUUGCAUGGAAAGAACAAGGCACAGAAUCUGGUGGCGGAUUGGCUCACCCGGUACAAGAUAGCAAUGGGCAUAGCUCAGGGUAUCUGUUACCUUCACCACGACUGUGACCCUGUUAUCGUGCACCGUGAUUUGAAGCCUAGUAAUAUCUUGUUAGAUGCUGAGAUGGAAGCCAGAGUGGCUGAUUUUGGUGUCGCCAAGUUGUUCCAGAUCGACGAAUCCAUGUCGGUCAUUGCCGGUUCCUAUGGCUACAUUGCGCCAGAGUACGCAUAUACGUUGCAGGUAGACGAGAAGAGUGAUAUAUACAGCUUUGGAGUGGUGUUGAUGGAGAUAUUAAGUGGGAAGAGAUCAGUGGAAGCAGAAUUCGGUGAUGGGAAUAGCAUUGUAGACUGGGUGAGAUCUAAGAUAAAGAACAAAGAUGGUGUGACUGAUAUCCUUGACAAGAAUGCUGGCGCGUCUUGUGUGUCGGUGAGGGAGGAGAUGAUGCUUCUACUAAGAGUUGCAUUGCUCUGCACCAGUCGGAAUCCCGCCGACCGGCCCUCCAUGAGAGACGUUGUCUCAAUGUUGCACGAAGCCAAGCCCAAAAGGAAGUUGCCCAGCGGUGCCGACAAUGCCACCCAUGGCGGUGGUGCCGGUGGUGGUUGUGGUGGUGGUGCUCCUUUGGUUGAGAAGCCAGACUGUUAAUAUAAUAUAAUUCGGAUUUCGUGCUUUACUUU